GAGGGCACUCGGUGUUGCACAAACUCCAGCCUCGGCACCCACCAGCUCCGGAGCAUCAUCGCUCUCUGGAAAGCCUCGGAAUUAGACGAGAGCUGCCUCUCAGCACAGCUACAAAACACUUUAAACCCGACCAGCUAAAUGGAUAAACCGAGCCUGCGGGGCUGCUAAGCCGGGCUCUGGCACAGCAGGGGAGGCGCCGAGAGCUGCGGGAGCCGCAGGAGGAUGGAUCGCUGUGCCCGGCGAUGGCAAAGGGCGGCAGAAUGAGGGAUGCCAGGCGCCGGCAGAGCUUUGGUCCUUCCUCCCGGAGAAGUUGGUUCGCCUCCAUCGCCCGCUCCGGCUUUUCUCGCCGAUUGCCACUUCACGCCGCCGGCUCUCUGAUGACUUCCACAAUGGCUCUCAGAGCUUAGAGUCCCUCCCUACCCCCCCACACUCCCCCCAUCCUCCGUCCUGCCUUCCCCACCCCCAACCCCUUCCCUAUCCUUUCCCUUCCUCAUCCCCAAAAUUCUCGCUGGUCCUCUCCGGGGAACUUUGUGGGGUUCCUGGAUGGCGGCGGGGCGAGUGCCAGCCGGGCUGUGACAUGAAGAUGCUGCUGGUUUAAAGCGAAGGAACCGGUUUGGGAAAAGAGACAGAGGGAGAGGAGAAGGGAAAUCAAAAAUAAAAGGGGAGAGAGAGGAGAGAACAGCUGGAGGAAGGCGAAGGAGGACGUUAUUGAUGACAAAAGGAUGGGUUUCCACGUAAGCAAGCAGCGGGGAGGCUGCAGGGCGCUGCUGGGGCUGCUGCCCCUGGCGCUGCUGCUGGGGCUGGCGGCUGCCCAGCGUGCCUGCCCCAGGAGCUGCCGCUGCGACGGCAAGAUCGUGUACUGCGAGUCGCACGCCUUCCGCGACAUCCCCCACAACAUCUCCGGCGGCUCCCAGGGCUUGUCCCUGCGCUACAACAGCAUCCAGAGGCUCAAAUCCCACCAGUUCGCCGGCCUCAACCAGCUCAUAUGGCUCUACCUGGACCACAACUACAUCAGCUCCGUGGAUGAGGACGCCUUCCAGGGGAUCCGCCGGCUGAAGGAGCUGAUCCUGAGCUCCAACAAAAUCACCCACCUGCACAACAAGACCUUCCACCCCGUGCCCAACCUCCGCAACCUGGACCUGUCCUACAACAAGCUGCAGGUGCUGCAGGCGGAGCAGUUCAAGGGCCUGCGCAAGCUCCUGAUCCUGCACCUGAGGUCCAACUCGCUGAAAACCGUCCCCAUCCGCGUCUUCCAGGACUGCCGCAACCUCGACUUCCUGGAUCUGGGCUACAACCGCCUGCGCAGCCUGUCCCGCAACGCCUUCGCCGGCCUGUUGAAGCUGACAGAGCUCCACUUGGAGCACAACCAGUUUUCUAAGAUCAAUUUUGCCCACUUCCCGCGGCUCUUCAACCUCCGCUCCAUUUACUUGCAGUGGAAUAGGAUCCGCUCCAUCAGCCAGGGCUUGACGUGGACCUGGAGUUCCUUGCACAACUUGGAUUUAUCGGGCAACGACAUCGCAGGGGUAGAGCCCGGUACCUUCCAGUGCCUGCCCAACCUGCAGAAGCUGAACCUGGAUUCCAACAAACUCACCAACAUCUCCCAGGAGACCAUCAACACGUGGAUCUCGCUCAUCUCCAUCACCCUGUCGGGGAACAUGUGGGAAUGUACUCGAAGCAUUUGCCCCCUGUUUAACUGGCUUAAGAACUUCAAGGGGAAUAAGGAGAGCACCAUGAUCUGCGCGGGCCCCAAACACAUCCAGGGCGAGAAGGUGAGCGACGCCGUGGAAACCUAUAACAUCUGCGCCGAAAUCCAGGUGGUGGCUACCGAAAGGUCCUACCAGGCUCCCCAAACCCCCCAGAGACCCGUGUUCAUCCCCAAACCCACCGUUUCCAAACUGGAGAGCCACCAGCCCACGCCCGCCGUGCCAAGCCCUUCCGCCGACAUCCCCACGCCCGCGGUGGAGCCGGAAUACGAGCACGUGUCCUUCCACAAGAUCAUUGCGGGGAGUGUGGCCCUCUUCCUCUCCGUGGCCAUGAUCCUGCUGGUCAUCUACGUGUCCUGGAAGCGUUAUCCCGCCAGCAUGAAGCAGCUCCAGCAGCACACGCUCAUGAAGAGGCGCAGGAAAAAGGCCCGGGAGUCGGAGAGGCAAAUGAACUCCCCUUUGCAGGAAUAUUACGUGGACUACAAGCCAACAAACUCUGAGACCAUGGAUGUAUCUGUUAAUGGAUCUGGGCCCUGCACCUACACCAUCUCUGGCUCCAGGGAAUGCGAGGUCCCUCACCACAUGAAGACUUUACCCUACUACAGCUACGACCAGCCCGUGAUCGGCUACUGCCAGGCCCACAAGCCCCUCCACGUCAACAAGGGCUACGAGGCGGCGCCGCGGGAGCCGGCGGAAAGCUCCCCGCUGGACCUGGGCCGGGAGCACAGCUUCAUCGCCACCAUCGCGCGCUCGGCCGCGCCCGCCAUCUACAUCGAGAGAAUACCCAACUAGCCACGGCCACCGCGGGGGACAGCUGGGCCACGGACCUUUAGGCCCGGGCGUGAGGGCCGGGCAGGGAAGGCGCUCAAACGCCGCCGCACGCGGAGAACUUCGGGAUUUUCUUGGCUUUAAACUUUCAGACGAGCUCCUCGGUGUAAAUAUUAAACGAGAGAGAGAGAGAGGUUGUCGAGUUCUUAUUAAAGAGAACGGCAGCGACGACGGCAGCGACAAAUAGAUUUCACUCUAGCUACAUAAAGGGAUGGAUUAAGAGUUUUGUUUGUAUAUUUGAUUUUUCUACAUUGCACGGUUCCAGGGAAGGAGAACCACAGGUAAAAAUAAACGGGGGUGGGGAGGGCGAGGCUCUGGGGAGGGUCAGCCAUGUUCCCUUAUUAAGUGUUUAUUACAAAGAUCCGUUGACUAUUUUUGUUCUUUUUAAAACCAACAAAAGAUAGCUCUAUAUUUUCUUUUUUCCUUUCGGGGGUUGGUUUUUUUGGUGGGUUUUUUUUUCUUUUUUUUGGUCGUUUUUUAAGUGGUCAAGCAUUAAUAUUUCAACUUUCAAACAUGGGCAUUAAAGCUUAUGUUGAACCAAAAGGACCUUGGCAAUUGAUGCAGCAGAAACAAAGAAACUCGGGUGCAUGUACAUUUAAGACACAGGCUGUACACUAUGGAGGGGGCUUUUGAUUUUUUAUCUUCAUUGUGCUUCAUUGUUGACACUCUAAUUCCUUUAUGGGCUCUAAAAAAAAAAGGGGAAAUACUGCAACGGAGUCACGACUCAGAUUUCCAGGCCAGUGGUGCUUGUUAAGCAAAAUUCAUGGACGUUUGGGAACCAAAAUGGAAGUGAAGUGCUUGAAACGGAUCAGAAGGAAAAUCUUUUAAAGAGCAUUUAGUGCAACUCACUGGCUGACACAAUUUCUAAAACACAGCAGAAUGUGUAACGUUGUUUUUUGGUUUGGGUUUUGGUUUUGUUUGGUUUUUUUUUUUAAUUAAUUAUUAUGAUCAGUUAGGUUUUGUGUAGUUUUUAUCAAUAAAAUGACAACAACAAACAACAACAAAAAAAAAAGUGGUGGAAAAAAAAAUAAACAUAUUAUUUUGUGGUUGGGACACCACAGCCAAGC